AUGGCGGCCACGGGCGGCGGGAGCGGAGGCGGUGGCGGUGGCCGACACUGGAUCGAGGCGGAGAUGCCCGAUUUCCGGGCCAGGAUGCGCCGUAUCUACCUCCCUACCAAAUUGGCCUCUUAUUUUCAGCCCAAGUAUUCCCCCAAUUCCCUGGAGGCCCAAACACUUAUUGCAAGAUUGGAGGAGGAUGCAUUCAGGGGGACAAACAGUAAGGUAGAGUACGUGAAAAAAAUAUGUGACAAGGUGGUCACCGUGUUGAGAAAUAAAACUGACGAGCUACAACGUCGAGCGCAGUUACAAAGCCAAUUGCAACAGGCUUUACAUGGAGGCAGUUCUUCUGUAAUGCCAGAGGCAGUGAUGGUGGCUAGUCGAAGGCCAACUUCUCAGUCUAUGACACCUCAAACUUCAGGUCAAGUGCCAAACCAGCACAUGCUUCACCCUUGCACGUCAAACAUGCAGAUUGAGGUUGAGAAAAAGCAUCAUGCUCAGGGUCAUUAUCCAAACUUUCAGCCCAUGGGAAUCACUAGAGCAGGGCCGGGUGUCCAGUCCGGUCCAUGGCCGAUGCAGUCAGGAGCCAGUCAGAGUGAGAACCCAUACAUUGCCAAGCAACCGCAGGCUACAAAUUUUGUUGGCUACAGCCUAGCAAGUGGGUCAAAGCCAGUUAUUCGGCCAAAUUCUCAGCACAAUCACCUACUUGGCCAAAAUGAUAGUGCUAUUGGAGUGCGACAGCCGCAGAUUACAAGGUUGAAUGAAAUUUUGAGAGCUAACCAACAAUUGAUGGGCACGCAAAGGUACCAAAUGCUUGGAGCACAACAAGCUGAUGUCCCCAAGAUGCAGCCUGGUCAGAUUAGAAUACGGAAUAAUCAGGAGGAUGCUAGGCAAACAGGUCUCUUACAUCCACCAUUCAAGGCAUCUGAGCCCAUGACUCCACCUGUACAACAGAUUCCAGGUGCUCAGCAAAGUACUUUGUUUUGUCAGAACUCUCAGAUUCCAGCUAUGAUGGGGACUGCUAGAGAAUAUGAUCCCAAGGAGGAAAUAUUUUGUAAGAUCAAGUCUUGGAAAGAUGCUUAUUUUCCUCAGUUUUUGGAACUGGAUCGUAGAGUCGUUCUUCCAACACUAAAGAGUGAUGUGCACGAGGGUUUGAAGGUGGACCUCCCCAAGUACGAAAAACUCAUACAUCAUUUCCUGGCUCUUCUCGAGAGGAAUAAAACUUGCCAUGCAAACAUGAAUACAGGAUAUCAGUUGCAGAACUAUGAUGAGCAGCGUACAACCGUCAAUCUUACUGGCAAUGCAUUCCCAAUCAGUGGUGGUACAAGUAGAGAGCAAAAGCAACCUGCUGAUCCAAGCAUUUUGCAGCCGAGGCAAACAACUAUGGCUAGAACAACAACACCUCAUCAACAGAGCAAUGGCAACUACUUGCCAGGAAUAGAAAGUCCUUUCUCUUCACCAGGAUCAUUGCAGUCUUGGUCUUCCAGUAUGCUCGAGGCCUUGAGGCCCUCACCACUUGCAAAUCCAGUGGUAGCACCAGCGUCAGCCUGUGCUCCAAUACCCAUGAUCUCAAUGGACGUUGACAGCAUAACUGCCUUCUUGAUGAAUGACAAUGCAGCAGCACCACCACCAAAAGCAAAUGGUUCUAACCAAGUCACUCCUACUGAACCGAUAGCAACAGCCUCACCACUUCAGGCAGAUAUAGCAGCUGGUCAUGGAGAGGUUCAGGCGCGAGGUGGAGACGGAACACCGGUGACUAAGAGGCCCAUCGACCGGCUAAUGGAUGCGAUAAGAUCUUCAUUGCCUGGAGCUCUACGCAGCUCUGUUAAUUCAAUUAGGUCUUUACUCAGCAUGAGCGACAUUGAACCACAUGGGAAAAUCGGCACAAUGUUGGAUUGUAGAUCCUCCUUGCAGCAGCAGCAGCAGGGUGGAUCUAAUACUGUGAAUAAAAUGAAGCAAGUUUUCAAUCAUACGGAGUCGCAAUCUGAAUCACAGCCGCUGGGAAGCAUGGAUGGCAGUUGCAUGUCAUUUGAGUGUGGGGCCUUGGACUCUGGAUCAAACAGUGAGGUAAACUUUAAGAGGCAGGAAACACAGAAUGCUAGUAAUGAGGCUCUGUUGGAAGAAAUCAAAUCUAUCAACAACACACUGAUCGACACAGUGGUCAGCAUAUCUGAUAAUUGUGGUAUGGAUGGGAUCUCCCGCUGUGAUGGCGGGACAACAAUCAAACUGUCCUACAGCGCCGUGUCGCUUUCGCCGACCUUUAAAUCUUUCUUUGCCACAUCUGAAAUGUGUCUUGUCUUGCCUGUGAAGCUAUACGUCCCAGCAGAUUAUCCGGGCAGCUCUCCGGUGCUCAGAAAUGACGAAGGAGAUGAGGUGCCAAGGAAGAAUUCCAGCACCAUCUCUGCCUCGGCGGACGUGGCGUUCCGGCACGCCCUCGACGGUCUCCUGGAACCCCGGUCGAUCGAGGCCAUGGUCAGGGUAUGGGACGCCUCCGUGCGGAAGGCCGUGACGCGGUUUGCGGAGCGGCAAGGUGGAGGGACGGCCAGCUCGAUGUUUGGUGGGUGGAAGAGAUGUGCGGCCACAUGA